ACACUUAUCUUUGAUAUAUUUUCAGCCAUAUAUUGUGCUGUCAUUCUAUUGGUUGUAUUUCAGCGAUAUAUUGUGCUGUGAUUCUAUUGAUUGUGGGUUUAACCGGAUUUGGCAUAGCUAAAAUGGUCAUUGGUUCAACACAUCUGGACAACUGUAGUAUUGAAAAGUAUGUACCAAUUUAUCUCGUUGUAAGUGGGCUGGCUCCGUUAAUGUUCAGUGGCUUGAGUUGCAGGGGAAAUGGGGAUGUUGAAACUUGUUGCCAGCUGAUUUGUGGAUGUUUCGGGUUCUUGUUCAGUUUUAUAUGGCUAAUCUGCGGUACAGCUUGGGUGUAUCCAACCUACGGAGUUGUUAUGUCUAAAGACUUUAAAGUGUGUAAGCUGAACGAAACUACCGGAUGUUCUCAUGGCGAUUGUGACAAAAGUCUCCUUAGGUUCGCAUUCGCAAUGGUAACCAUCGACUGGCUCCUCAUAGCAAUGUGGAUCGGCCUCAUAGCUUGGUUGAUUUAUAAAGACAAUAAAUAACUUGUGUUAUAGAGUGAGGUUA